UAAUACCGGCUGCGUAAGUCAAAAAGUUUGUAAAUUCAAAGAUGAUCAAAAUAUGGUUUAUGACAUUCCUGCGGUAAAAGGUUUACCUUUGGUUGGUACAAUUUUUGAUUUAAUAGCAGCUGGAGGAGCACCAAAACUACAUCUUUACGUUGACAAACGUCACGCCGAAUAUGGCCAUAUAUUUCGUGAACGUUUGGGUGGAACUGAGGAGGGCAUAUUUGUGUCAUCUGCAAAUCUAAUGCGUGCGGUGUUUAUGCAUGAGGGUUCAUAUCCCCGACAUCCACUGCCAGAAGCUUGGAUAUUAUACAAUAAAGAAAAUAAUUGCCAAAGAGGUUUAUUCUUUAUGGAUGGUGAGGAAUGGUUUCACAAUCGUCGUAUAUUGAGUCGUUUACUGCUCAAUGGUAAUCUCGAUUGGAUGAAUUGGCAUGUGAGGCAACAGAGCAAUAGAUUAAUACAAAAAUGGGUACGUGAGAGUGAAGGUCAGAAAACUAAGGGAUUUGUAAUACGUAAUUUAGAAGAACAGCUGUACAGAUGGUCCAUAGAUGUCAUCAUUUCGGUUAUGUUUGGUGAAACUUCAGACUUGGAGAUAUUAGAUAUCCAACAGGCUGUUGAUGAUUUUUCCAAUAUUGUUCAUAAAAUAUUUGAGAGCAGUUCACCUUUAAUGAAUUUCCCACCCAAAGUUGCCAAAAUGCUGGGCCUAAAAAUGUGGCUGGAAUUUGAAGAAAGUGUAAAUGAAGUUUUGAUUAAGGGAUAUCAUGUAAUUGAUCUGUUUUUGGAACGUACCUCUGCCUAUCCGGGCGGUCUUUAUGAGAAACUAAAGGAGGCUGAAGUUCCUUUGGAGAUGAUAAAACGCAUAUUUGUGGAUUUGGUUAUAGCAGCAGGAGAUACGACUGCUUAUUCGACCACCUGGGCUCUUUACCUUCUAUCCGAAGAUGAAAAACUACAGGAAAAACUUUAUGAAGAGUAUAACACCAACAGCCAAGAUACACCAUUAGUAAGAGGCUUAAUAAAGGAAACACUACGACUAUAUCCGGUUGCUCCCUUUAUUGGUAGAUAUAUGCCACAAGCAUGCAUGCUGGAUAAAUACCGUUUAAAGGAAAAUUCUUUGGUAUUUUUGUCUCUAUUCACUGCUGGUCGUGAUCCAAAACAUUUCCCGGAACCCUUAAAAGUAAUGCCAGAUCGUUGGCAACGUAAUGAGCAGACUGGUGAAUUCAAGGCGGUAUAUGAAGCUCAUGCCACACUACCCUUUGCCAUAGGUAAUAGAUCUUGCAUUGGACGCAAAUUGGCCAUCAAUCAAAUGCAAUAUAUGGUAGCUGAGAUGUCCAAAAUUUUCCAUUUAAAAUGCCUUAAUACCUCACCCAUAGAAAGUGUCUUACGAUUGGUUACCGUACCCAAUCAACCCAUAAAUAUAUUGGUAAACAAACGCCGGGAUUAAUUUUAACUAAUGCUAUACGAAUAACACAAAUACUUACUUUUUUACAAACCAACAUACAUAGUAAUUUAAUUGUUAAAAUAAAUUUUUUAUUAUUACAAAAUUUUUCUUAACAAAA